AUGGAUUUGGAUAUUAGCCAUGAUCCUUUCAGGUAUAUCUUAUAUCCCCCUACUCAAGCCCUGAAAGCCUCUAACUAUAAAUAUAGUGACGACUCUGUGGAAAUGCCCAUAAACCUGCAAGAGGUAGACUCUCUCGAAGCCAUUGUUAUCAUCGACAAUGAGCUGGAUCCGCUCUCGCCCCCAGCCCCGGAUACCGUCCAAAUCUCGGGGAAUCUGGGGUCGAUUGCCAUGGGCUCAAAGCAUACACUAACAGACCGCGGGGAAGCCUGCAAGGAAUUAAGGCUGGCAGAUGUCUGCUGCGCAGCACAUGGCUUGUCGAUUCUGGUGACUGCCACAAAAGGUGAUAAGAAGCACGCUAUUCUCUUCGAUGCAGGUCCUGAAGAGGAGGCUUGGGAGAGAAACGUGAAACGGCUGCAACCAAAUCUCUCCUCCGUGGAAGUGAUUCAUCUAUCGCAUUGGCAUCGAGACCACUCCGGUGGUCUUCUGCAGGCAAUCCGCAUGAUAAACGAUGCCAAACGAGCCGAGAGCCGCUCUGAGGACCUCGUCGCGGACUUGCACCCAGACCGACCGGCCUAUAGGGGGUUUGCUCUGCCCGAGCAUAUCAUUUCACUCGAGGCUGACCCUACCUUUGAGGAGAUUGGAAGUGCAGGUGCGGUGGUCGACAAGCGGAGCGAGCCACACACCGUACUUGAUGACUUCUUUCUUAUCUCUGGGGAGAUUCCACGAGUGACGCCGUACGAGACAGGUCUGAAGAAUGCAGUGCAAUAUGACCCUGAUGAGAAUGACUGGUUCUCUGACGAAAUCAUCGUUGAUGAGCGUUCUCUCAUCUGCAAUCUCAAGGGAAAGGGACUUGUUGUUUUCACUGGAUGUAGCCACGCUGGCGUAGUCAACACCACCAAGCACGCCGUCGAGCUCACGGGUGGAUCGGUACCUGUUCAUGCCGUUGUUGGUGGAUUCCAUCUCGCCUCAAGCGACGCAGAUCAAAUCCAAAUCACAGUAGCCGAUCUCAAACGGCUCGAUCCUGCUGUGCUCAUGCCGGGUCACUGUUCGGGCUGGCGGGCCAAGUUUGCGAUUGAGAAACACAUGCCCGGGUCAUUGGUGCCCUGCACCGUAGGAUCAAGAAUCACAUUCUGAUUUCUGUUUUAUUGGUUUCAUCUGAAACAUCAAUACUAGUUGAAGAAGCUGUUCCUUACAGGCUCAUUCUCCACGUGGACGCAGGGUCUUGAUGCGAAGCCGCAUGGCAUGGGUUGCUCGGAGCAACGAGUCUCAUCAAGGGGCUAUCUCGUUAUCGGCUCGGCAUAACUUGUUCUGUUGAUCGGAUUCCGAUUCCUGAUAUCACUCUAUCUCCUUGCUGCAUUUUCUUGCGAUCGGAAGAAUGCGAGAUGGGUGCAGUUGGCUAUUUCUAGACUUAUAAUAGUAAGCGUAACAAUUCUAAUGCUAAUGAUACUGGCCAGUUGAGACACAUACAGACAAGCGGCGUAGGCAUUGAUGCUUCUGA